AAACAGUGCACUAUUUGAGUAUGCGUGAUGGAGUGGUGGUGGAGCGGAGCGCAGCGUUACACUAGGAUCUAGGACAGAAUUUGACAAUUUUUGCCUUUGGAUCUCAACGCAGAAAUCCUACCAACGUACUCUGUGAAACUGAGCAGUUGGCGCCCAACAAACAGUUCAUCUGUCGUCGAUUAAUUCAGAAUUUUACUUCGUCUUCCAAUUUCUGUUCACAAAUCUGUGAGUUUGAAUUGAUUCAAAGGUUAGCAGAGAUAGAAUUAACAAAAUGAAAUUACGGUCAUCACGUUUGCAACAACGGGAAACCAGUUUUCCAGAUUUGGACGUGACAGCUCCCUUCGAAUCUUUCGACGAUAACAGCGCCAUGUCGAAAGCUUUGAGGAAUCCUCUGGUUCUCGACAUUAUUCUCGGCCAGCUUAACAACUCCGACUUGAGAGCGGCUCGGCUAGUGUGUCGCGAGUGGGGCGACGUUGGCGCCGGUUUGUUAGGAAAUCGAACCUUUCUACCCGUCAACAAACUUUUCCGCUGCGACGGAUCGAGAUUGUACCAGGUGACCCCUGUCCACGAAAAACUGACCCGAGGCAUCCGCAUCCUGGACAGAUUUGACCCCUCCGUCCCCACCAAGAGGACUGAUGACGUGAUCACCAAAGUUUUUACCGAGCUCUCCUCCACUCUGGCACAAGUCACAAGGGAAAUUGAAUUUCACGUCAGCCUAAAAAAAUUUGAGGCCGCAUUUCUCCAUGGUUUGAGGACCCUCAAGUCCACGCAGAUCCAACAGAUUUCCAUCUUGGUCACUUCCAGAAACGCAAACGUGGACAAAGAUCGAGUGCAAGCACUUCGGAAGUUGCCCCUUCAAAAAAACUUGACCUCGCUCAAGUUUCAAACUUCUCAACACGUUCUAUACGGGACAUCCGGGAUUCACGCGUUUCAGCCGCUGCUCAAAGUCUUGAUCGACUCUGCCCCCACUUUGACCACUUUAGAAGUUACGGCCUCGUUCUAUCCGAGUUUAGAGGGGUGCAGAAAUCUCCAAGUUUUGAAGUUUUUAUUCGUAAAUUGUACCAACGCGCACGCGGCUUGUCCCAAAUUCAACAUGGCCGCUGUGACAUCGAUGUUGACCUCCGUGAAGGAUUCAUUAAUCAAGUUGGAAUUGGGGUACGCAGAUGGUCAUGCACAUGGGUUUUACUAUCCAGUAAAUAUACAGGGCCGGGAUCUUGACCUUCCCGUCAUGACGAACCUUACUUCCCUCGUCCUCAAUGCGCCGUCUGAGUACCUAAUCCAUAAUUUCUUUGACGAAGGGCACUUCCCAAAGCUGAAGAACCUCUCGUUCAAAAACUACUACCUCGGACUGACCCAGUUCUCAACUCAUAUAAACCUAUGGAAGCCCCACCGAGGAGUUCAAUCAUUCACGCUUACGACACGCAGUUAUUGCCAACCAGGCGAUAAAUUUGGGGAAGAGAUUAUUCGAUUAUUCCCGACAGCCAAGAAGCUUGAGUUGAGGUUGAACCCAUGUAACUAUUGUGUCCAAGAAUUUAUAGAAUCAUUCGAACCGUGGGGUCUGGAAGAGAUCAAGCUUAUCGUCGAGAGCGAGAACAUUGCGGCUGGGAUGGCUGGAAUCCUAAGAAUUUUUGCGAGUUUCAACGGCGUUAAAAGCGUCCACUUCCAGGAUACUAUUAUCAACCAGGUCGACUUUUCUGACUACAUUCAAGAUAUAAUCUUGCAUAGCAGAGGAUUUAAAAACGUGGAAAUCUCGGGACUUGUGGUCCCCGAAAUGGUGGACGUUUUUCGACCAAUUUUUGAAGCUAGUGGUGCACCCGUGGAUUUUAAGGGAGGGGUGUAUCGUAAUUAUUCGAAUUAAAUGAGUCGUAUGUAUUUAAAGGAAUACUGUGUGAUUAGUAAUUUGUGUAGUUGUUAAGUGUUAAACUUUUUAAUGUUUCCACUUAGAUAAUUUGAUAUAUAUUUCCUAAAAUUUGAAUUGAUUAAUACUUGUUUGACUUCGCCAAGAAUGGUUUUGUAAUAAAAAGCUAAAAAAUGAAAAA